CAUAAGUAAUUCACAAUAAAUGAAUAACAUCAUUGCGUCAACAAUCGAUUUUAGGCUGUAGAUUUUUUAUAAUUUCUAAAAAAAAAACUUGUGAACAAUUUCCAUCUACAAAAGUGGUGUUUGAGCGCUUUAAAAAUAAAUUAUAAAUUGUGCUUAUAUUAUUCGGUAAACAAUGGGUUCAAGAUCACGCAGUCCCACACCUAAGCGAAGGCAUCACAAGAGUAAACAUAAAAAACGCAGUAAAUCGCAUCAUAGUGAACGUGAGCGUAAACGUGAUAAGGAGUUGGAUGUCUACAAUAAUUAUGGCCACAGCGGUAGUAGUAAUUCAAGUAAACGGGAUAGAGUGCGUGAUAGGGAACGCGAACAUAAUCAUCAUAGAUCGAGAAAAAGGUCAACGUCUUCUGUAUCAUCGAGUUAUACGGAUAGUGAUUCGCAGACUCAAAGCAGUAGCAGACAUAAAAAGGCACGCUAUAAGAAGUUAGAUGAGGUGGAACGUUUGGCUGAAAUGGAGAGACAGCGCCGGCAAAAAGAGGCUGAGCAAAAGAUCAUUGAAGAAGAAGCUUCCAAACGUAUUGAACUGUUGGUUAAACGCCGUGUUGAAGAAGAGCUGGAAAAAAGACGUGACGAAAUCGAAUUGGAGGUUAAAAGACGUGUCGAACAGGCCAAAAUUGAAAUGGAGCGUGAAAUGAUGCUCGAAUUAGAGCGUAGGCGUGAACAAAUACGGGAAGAAGAACGCCGCAGAGAGGAAGAGGAAAAGAAAAAGAGAGAAGAACUUGAAGAGAUAUUGGCUGAAAACAAUCGUAAAAUUGAAGAAGCUCAACGCAAAUUGGCGGAAGAGCGUUUAGCCAUUAUCGAAGAGCAACGUUUGAUGGACGAAGAACGUCAACGUAUGCGCAAAGAGCAAGAGAAACGCGUCAAAGAAGAGCAAAAAGUAAUUUUAGGGAAAAAUAACUCAAGACCAAAAUUGUCAUUCUCUCUCAAACCCGGCGAUUUAUAAAUUAGCAAUCGUAUAUAUAAAAAUAUUAUUAUAAUUACUCUUUUCUUCUAA